AUUUUCGAUAGAAUUUAAAUCAAGAUUCUAAUCUGGCUCAUACCAGUUUAUUAGACUUUUCGACUAUGCAAUCUUGCUGUAGAAGAGAAUGGUGGAAAGAUGCUGUGCUAUACCAGAUAUAUCCGCGAUCAUUUAAAGAUAGCGAUGGAGAUGGAAUAGGAGACAUCAACGGAAUUAUCGAAAAACUGGACUAUUUUACAUUCCUUGGAAUUCAAGGACUUUGGCUUAGCCCCAUGUACAAAUCUCCCAUGAAAGAUUUUGGUUAUGACAUCUCAAAUCUUACAGAUAUAGACCCGCUGUUUGGAAAUUUGGAAGAUUUUAAAAAUCUUUUAGAAGCUGCCCAUAAAAGAGAUUUGAAAAUUAUUAUGGAUUUCGUACCUAAUCACACUAGUGAUCAACACCCAUGGUUUCAAAAGUCUUUGAAAAGAGAAGAUCCUUAUACCGAUUACUAUGUUUGGCGUGAUGGGGACAAGGAUAAAAUUCCAAACAAUUGGCUUAGUGUAUUUGGACGAACUUCCUGGACUUGGUACGAUGAACGCAAACAAUGGAACUAUCAUGCCUUUAUCCCGGAACAGCCCGAUUUAAAUUAUGAAAAUCCCAGGGUUUUAGAGGAUAUGAAAAAAGCUCUAGCUUUCUGGAUGGACUUAGGCGUAGAUGGAUUUAGGUAUGACGCUGUUGUAAAUCUCAUUGAAGAUCAAAGAUUUUUGGACGAGCCUCUGAGUGGUGACCCUAACGCUAAGCCUAUCGAGCAUGAGUAUUUGAGACACAUAUAUACUGAAGAUCUCCCCAAAAUAUUCACAACUUUGAAAGAAUUCAGUGAGGUUAUAAAAGACUUUGAAACAAAAACUGGACGGGACAAUUUAAUCGUUAGUGAAGCUUAUGUUACUCCUAAAGUCUCCAUGGAAUACUACGAAUUAUCUGAUAUCGAUAUGCCUUACAAUUUUGGGUUGACUUACCUCAAUAAAACUUGUGAUGUAUCUUGCUAUUCCGAAAAGAUAAAAGAAUGGAUGGAUGUAAUGAGCCGAAAUAGAUGGCCGAAUUGGGUGGUGAGCAAUCAUGACAGGGCUAGGAUAUCAACUCGAGUAGGGGAACAAUACAUAGACGCCAUACAUUCCCUUAUGUUGCUUUUACCAGGCACACCGCAAUUUUAUUACGGAGACGAAAUAGGUAUGGAGAAUAUAAAUGUAACCUUCGAAGAAACUCAAGAUCCGUGGGGAAAAAAUCUGGGCCCUGUAAGAUACGUGUUGUACAGCAGAGACCCAAAUAGAUCGCCAAUGCAAUGGGAUGCUUCUCAUAUGGCUGGCUUCACGACAGCUAACAUAAGUUGGCUACCUGUUCAUCCAGAUUACAAAACUCGUAAUGUUGAAGUUCAAAAGAUUCGGAAAUUUUCUCAUUUGAAUAUAUUUCGCGCAUUAGUGUGGUUACGUAAAUAUCCUUCUUUUAGAGACAAAAAUCUUUUCUACGGUCCAAUAACCGAUAACAUAUAUUCAUUUGGAAGAUACAUGCCAGGAAAUAGAGGAUUUUACAUCAUACUAAAUCUUGGUCACCAACCUGACACUUAUCCAUACGAUCAACAUCCUAAAAAAAUGCAGGAUCAUGCAAGUAACGUAAUAUUAUUUACGGGUAGCCUCCAGGACACUUAUAAAGUUGGGCAAGAAAUAGAUCUUAAGGACCUAAGAUUAAAUCCUGGCGAUGGACUCGUAUUAACUGGCAAAUACAACAAUUUAUUCCCUAAUUGAAACGAUAUGACAUAUAAACAUA